UAAUAUUAUUUCCGUUUAUUAACUUAUAAAAAUGAUGACUAUGAAAACAUACAUUUCAAUUAGAAAUUAUUCAAGAAUGUUUCUUCAAAGGAAACUAUUCAAACAAAAAUUGUAUUUUAGUAUACAAAAUCAAAUAAAAAUGAAUUCAACAGAUGAUAGACCGAUAUCAGGAGAAUUUUUCGUUUCAAAAUUAUUGGACAGUUUAAAAAUACCUUACAAAAAUCAAUUUACUUGCUUAUUAAUAAGAUGCAGUUUUUGUAAUAACACAUCUUUAUACAUAAAUAAAAUUACUGGUUGGUUUAUUUGUACACAUUGUUUGAGGUAUGGCAAUUGGUCAAUAUUUAAGUCACACGCAAAAAAAAAUGAUAAGAUUUGUGUACCCACUCCAAAGAAUUUUGAAGCUGUUAAAGAUUUUAACAACAAGACUGAUAAUUUAAUAAAUUUUAAAUUAUUAAAAACUAGUGAUAAAAAGAGUAUUUUAAAAUCUCUUAAUAUGGAGGAUUUAAAAUUACAAUACCUUGAUCAUAUUCCAGGUUUAUAUGUUAAUUCAGAAAAUAGUUCCUUGUACUUGACUAUGAUGCUUGAUAAUAAAACUAUUGUUGGAUAUAAAGAAAUUAAAUUGGAUAAUAGUCUUAAUCAAAAUACUGUUCCAGAUGAUUGUUGCUGGGGAAUAGCUAAAGUUCCUCCAUUAACUUCAAAUCAUAGUCAAAGUGCAAUUGUUGUUGAUGAUUUUAAACAUUUAUUAGUAUUAGCCGGGCAUCAAUCAUCUCACCAUAUUAUUUGCUUACCUCAUGGUGUGCAAAAAUUACCACAAGAAUUAUUACCAUCUUUAGAAUAUUUCAAUAGAUUAAUCUUAUGGUUUGGAAAUGAUCAAAUUGCAUGGAAUUCAGCAAGAACAUUUGCUAAGAAGUUAAUAGAAAGUAGAUGUUAUUUUAUAAGGCCUACUGAUGAUCAGCCAUCCCCUUAUUUAGCAUAUAAACAUGGUUUAAAUAUUGAGAAAAUACUUAAAACUGCUGAUAAAAUGGUUCAUCCUAGUAUUAUUCAAUUUUCAACAAUACGUAAUGAAGUUUAUGCAGAGUUACAAAAUCAUGACAAGACUCUUGGAAUGAAAUGGACUAAAUUUCCGGCAUUAAAUAAGAUUAUUGGAGGCCAUCGCCGUGGAGAACUUACUUUAUUAACUGGUCCAACAGGAUCAGGAAAAACAACUUUCAUAAGUGAAUAUUCAUUAGAUUUAGCUGAACAAGGUUUACCAACAUUAUGGGGAAGUUUUGAAAUACGUAACCAACGUUUAGCAAAAAUCAUGCUUCAACAAUUUGCUAAGGAACCUGUGCAUCUUAAUUUAGACUUAUUCGACAACUUAGCAGAUCAAUUUGAAAAGCUUCCACUGUACUUUUUAACUUUUCAUGGCCCUCAACCACUAAAUAUGGUGAUGGACGCUGUGAUGAAUGCUGUUUAUGUACAUGAUAUUGGACAUGUGAUCAUUGAUAAUGUACAGUUUAUGAUGGGCAUUGGUGCCAAAUAUGAUAUGGGUUCAGAACGAUUUUGGCAACAAGAUUCAAUUAUAGCAGAGUUUAGGAGAUUUGCUACAUAUUCAAACUGUCAUGUGACAUUAGUAAUGCAUCCUAGAAAAGAAAAAGACGUCGAACAAUUGUCCAUUAAUUCUAUUUUUGGUACUGCUAAAGCUACUCAAGAAGCUGAUAAUAUUCUUAUAAUUCAAAAUAAGGUUAUGGAAUCUUUACAAAUUAAAAAAUAUCUACAGAUUUCUAAAAAUCGAUAUAGUGGUAACCUUGGAGUAAUGUCUUUAGAAUUCAAUAAACAAAGUUUAAGUUUUUCACAACAAAAGGAAUAAUAAUAUAAUAUUUAUAAGUUGCUUGUUUUGUGUAAUACUUAUAAAACAAUA